GAAGAAAAAAGUUGCAAUUUUGUCACUUCUUUGGCUGCCUUAUUCCAAUAUAACAAUCAAGUGAUUAGUACAGAUAUCUAAUGAUCAAACUUUCAACUUUAAAUCCCACAUCGACAGAUUCAACUUAAAGCUGUAGACUUUUAAGUUUGGUUUUGAAGUUCCGAGGUAUUGUAAGUUUUGAUCAGAACAAAGUUUCUUUAUGCGACUCAGAAUCCAGAAUCUGAACACUGAUGGCAGCGGAAGCUGAGGUUCCGGAAUCUGUAUCCGCCACGGCGGAAGGGGAAGACGGAUAUCUGACAACGGGGAAGUUUGACAUAACUGUCAAUCAAUUUUCCCCAGUACAACUGAAAAAAUCCGAAGGCGAGGAGUGAUCAACGUCCUGAACCGGUGAAAUGCUAUGUAGAGGGUGAAAUUGCACACGUUGAAAGCAAGAAUGGAAUCUCAGAGUGCGGAAAUCCUUUAGAAACACUCUUAGAUUCAAAGGUUGACAAACAAGAGGAAGAUGCACGGAGAAAAGAUGAGGCACUGGAUAGGAGAGGCUUCAGUGGUGGAGGAGGAAGAUAGUGAUGGAUUUUCCGCUGUAGAGCACAGCAAAGCGAAUUCAACAGAUCACAAAGGAGAAAGCGAGACGAACUUAUAUGAGAACAUUCAGCCUGUCACCUAUGAGCUUGCUAGACCGAAGUUAAAUUCUGAGGAAGACGAAGCAGCAACUUCGAGAGAAAGUUCAGAAACAAUCACCACUGCUGAAGAUGAGAGACGAGUUGUAGAACAAAGCUGCGAGAAAGAGGGAAAGGUAGAGGAAGCAAAUACUAGUUAUGACACCAUUGAAGAUGAAACUCCUGACGAACAGAAUCUCCGAGUGGCAAGUAGCUUGAUGCAAAUUGUUACGGAGUCAGAGAUUGCUGAAGUAGGCAAGAGCACCAUAUCGGAGCCAAAUGAAAAUGUUGAAAGAUCUGAAGGAGUUCUUAAUGUUUCAACGGUGAAAGGUGACGAAGGUGAUCAGGGAGAUGGUACCAACCCAACGGUGAAAGGUGACGAAGGUGGUCAGGGAGAUGGUACCAACCCAACUAAGGAUGACAAAGAUGUAGAUACAUUUACCACCAAAGUGGCUGAAGAUGAUGAGUAUAGUAGUGCAGUCACGAUUAAAGAAACGAGCGCAAAAGUAACACCAAAUGAUGAUGAAAGUUCACCACAGACCUUGCAGAAAUGUGAUUCAGGAGAGGAGCUUCAACAUUCGCGGGAUGUGUUGCCUGAGGAAACUAAGACACAAACAUCCCGAGAAAAUGCAGAAGAAAGUAACUGCACAAAAGAGGAAACAACAAUUCAGCACACGCAAGAAUCCUUGGACGAAGAAAAGAAAGAAGCGACUGAAAACACAAGUAAUUUAGAAGAUGACAAUGCAAGGGAGGAGGUGCUUGAGACUUCCGGUACAAAACAAGAAACCGGAGAACACUUGGUUGGGGAAAUUCAUGCGGAAUCCCCUCAAGAUUUCGGUGAUAAAGAAACAAAUGAAGAAACCUCAACAGAGUAUCAGGCAAUUGUUGAGGCAGCCGAUUUGAGUACAAAUACAGAGGAAAAGAACUUAGAGGAACAGGCCAUUCCGGAACUCUCUUCUCCGUUGGUAGUAGAAGAAACAGCUACGGAAAUCCCAAGGGAAGAAGAAACCGGUGCCUUGAUUCUAAAAGAAGAGAAAAAGGAAGAAGAUGCAGAAUGUAACGAGCCCGCUGAGGUAGCGAGUAUGACACAUGAAACACAGUCUGAAACCACAGAGGACACAACAGAGCCAAAUAAGGACCUCAGUGGUCCAAUUUCAGAAGAAAGCAACAAAACAUUUGUUGAAAAUAUUUCCACUCUAGCUGAGGUAUCUGAGACGGAGACAGAGAAAAAUAUUCAGGAGAAAGAUGGCCUGGCGGUUAGCUAUUCUGACUCUCCGUCGGGUGAAGUGAGUCAUGUAAUAGGUUUGAAGGAAGCUGAAACAGAAAAGGAGGAGCAGAAAGAAAACCUUGAUACUGCUCCGGAAGAGAAGGGUCAAGCAACCAUCUUGAAAGAUGAAAUGGCCUCGGAAGUUGAAGAUAUUGGUGUACGAGCAGAGGAAAAUUGUGAAUCAAAAGAGAAGUUGGAGGAGCAUAUUCCAACAGCAGCAGAUAAGGGUGAAGCAUUCUCAAAGGAAGCCGAGGCAGAAAUUGAGGAGCAGAUAAACAAUAGUGAUGUUGCUGCUGAAGAGAAGGUUCUGAGAACCAUCUUAACAGAUGAAAAAUCCUUCGAUGUGGAAGAUACCAACGUGCAAGCAGAGAAAAAUGUCGAAUCAAAUGAGAACUUGGAGGAGAAUAUUCCAACAGCAGCAGAUGAAGGUGAAAUAUUCCCGAAGGAAGCUGAAGAGGAAAGCAAGGAUGAGAUUAAAAAUGCUGAUAUUGCUCAUGCAGAUAUUGAUGAACACGGAGAUGAAAGCGAUAGUUCUGAAGAGAACUUGGAUAAGCAGAUUCCAGCAGUGGAAUGUGAAACAAGCUUGAAGGCAGCCGAAGCAGAAUAUAAGGAGCAGGUCAAAAGCAUUGAUAUUGUUCCUGAAGAGAUAGCAACCAUCUCAACAACUGAGACACCCUUGGACAUUGAAGACAUUGGUGUACGAGCAGAGGAAAGUCUCAAAUCAAAAGAGAAUGUGGAGGAGCAGAUUCCAACAGUAGCAGAUGAAGGUGAAAAUUUCUUGAAGGAAGCCGAAGCAGAAAACGAGGAGCAGAUUAACGAGGAAACUUUGAAUUCACAAGAAUCCUCAGACAAAGAAAAAGAAGAAGUGACUCAAAUUACAAACAUAAAAGAUGACACUGAAAGGGAUGAGGUGCUUGAGACUACCAGUACGGAGCAAGAAACUGGAGAACAUGUGGUACACGAAAUUCAUACUGUCCCAGAACCCCCUCGAGAUUCCAUUGAUAAAGAAACAAAUGAAGACAACUCCACGGAAUAUCAGGCAUGUACUGAGGCAGCUGAUUUGAGUACAAGUGCAGCGGAAAAGAACUUAGAGGAACAUGACAGUCAAGAACUCUCUUCUCCUCUCGUAGUACAAGAAGCAACUAAUGAAAUCCCGAUGGAAGAAGAAACCUCCGCCACGCUUCUAGAAGAAGAGGAAAAGGAAGGGCAUGCAACAUGUAACGAGCCGACUGAGAAAUAUGAGGCAGAGAUGGAGAAAAAUAUUCAGGAGAAAGAUGGCAACACAGUUAGCAAUUCUGAAUCUCUGUCUGGAGAACUGAGUCAUGUAACAGCCUUGCAUGAAUCUGAAACAGAGAUUGAAAGGCAGGAGAAAAACAUUGACACUGCUGCUGAAGAGAAGGGUCAAGCAACCAUCUUGAAAGGUGAAACGGCCUCGGAAGUUGAAGAUAUUGGUGUACAAGCAGAGGAAAAAUGUGAAUCAAAAGAGAAUUUGGAGGAGCAUAUUCCAACAGCAGCAGACAAGGUUGAAACAUUCUCAAAGGAAGCCGAGGCAGAGAAGGAGGAGCAGAUAAACAAUGGUGAUGUUGCUGCUGAAGAGAAUGUUCUGGAAACCAUCUUAACAAAUGAAAAAUCCUUCGACAUGGAAGAUACCAAUGUGCAAGCAGAGAAAAAUGUCGAAUCAAAUGAGAACUUGGAGGAGAAUAUUUCAACAGUAGCAGAUGAAGGCGAAAUUCCGAAGGAAGCUGAAGCAGAAAGCAAGGAUGAGAUUAAAAAUGAUGAUAUUCCUCAUGCAGAUAUUGAUGGACAUGGAGAUGAAAUUGAUAGUUCUGAAGAGAGCUUGGAUAAGCAGAUUCCAGCAGGGGAAUGUGAAACAAGCUUGAAAGCAGCUGAAGCAGAGUAUAAGGAGCUGGUCAUACAUGGUGAUAUUGCUCCUGAAGAGAAGGGUCUAGCAACCAUCGUAACAGAUGAAACACCCUUAGACGUUGAGGAUAUUGAGGUAAAAACUAAGGAAUGUGUUGAAUCAAAAGAGAAUGUGGAGGAGCAGAUUCCAACAACAGCAGACGAAGGUGAAAAAAGUACUUAUAUUUCUCAUGAAGAUAUUAAAGUACAAUCAGAUGAAAAUUUUAUUACACAAGAUAAUUUGGAGAACCCGAUUCCAACAACAUCAGGUGAACAAGAAACAGGCUUGGGAGAAGCUGAAGCAGAAAUUAAGGAGCAGGUCAAAAGUAUUGAUAUUGUUCCUGAAGAGAUAGCAACCAAUUCAACAGCUGAGACACCCUUGGACGUUGAAGAUAUCGGUGUACAAGCAGAGGAAAGUCUCAAAUCAAAAGAGAACGUGGAGGAGCAAAUUCCAACAGCAGCAGAUGAAGGUGAAAAUUUCUUGAAGAAAGCCGAAGCAGAAAACAAGGAGCAAAUUGACGAGGAAACUUUGAAUUCACAAGAAUCCUCAGACAAAGAAAAAGAAGUGACUGAAAUUACAAACACAAAAGAUGACACUGAAAGGGAGGAGGUGAUUGAGACUACCAGUACGGAGCAAGAAACUGGAGAACAUGUGGUACACGAAAUUCAUACUGUCCCAGAACCCCCUCGAGAUUCCAUUGAUAAAGAAACAAAUGAAGACAACUCCGUGGAAUAUCAGGCAUGUACUGAGGCAGCUGAUUCGAGUACAAGUGCAGAGGAAAAGAACUUAGAGGAACAUGCCAUUCGGGAACUCUCUUCUCCGCUGGUAGUAGAAGAAGCUACUAACGAAAUCCUAAAGGAAGAAGAAACCUACACCGUGCUUCUAGAAGAAGAGGAAAAGGAAGGGCAUGCAACAUGUAACGAGCCCAGUGAGGAAUAUGAGGCAGAGAUUGAGAAAAAUAUUCAGGAGAAAGAUGGCAGCACAGUUAGCAAUUCUGAAUCUCUGUCCGGAGAACUAAGUCAUGUAACAACCUUGAAGGAAUCUGAAACAGAGAUCGAAGGGCAGGACAAAAAAAUUGAUACUGCUCUUGAAGAGAAGGGUAAAGCAACCAUCUCAGCAGAUGAAACAACCUCGGAAGUUGAAGAUAUUGAUGUACAAUUAAAGGAGAACCUUGAAUUGGAAGGGCACUUGGAGGAACAAUUUCCGAUAGCAGCAGAUGAAGGUGAAAUAAUCUUGAAAGAAGCCGAAGCAGAAAACCAGGAGCAGAUAAAAAAUGUUGAUAUUGCUCAUGAAGAUGUUGAUGCACAUGCAGAGAAAACUGUUAACUCAGAAGAGAACAUAGAUAAGCAGAUUCCGCCAAUAGCACAUGAAGGUGAAACAAGCUUGAAAGAAACCGCUGUCUUGAUUCUAAAAGAAGAGAAAAAAGAAGAAGAUACAGAAUGUAACGAGCCUGCUGAGGUAGUGAGUAUGACACAUGAAACACAAUCUGAAACCAUAGAGGACAUAACAGAGCCAAAUAAGGACCUCAAUGCUCCAAUUUCAGGAGAAAGCAACAAAACAUUUGUUGAAAAUAUUUCCACUCUCGCUGAGGUGUCUGAGACGGAGACUGAGAAAAAUGUUCAGGAGAAAAAUGGCCUGGCUGCCAGCAAUUCUGACUCUGUGUUGGGUGAAGUGAGUUAUGUAACAGGUUUGAAGGAAGCUGAAACAGAAAAGGAGGAGCAGAAAGAAAACAUUGAUACUGCUCCGGAAGAAAGGGGUCAAGCAACCAUCUUGAAAGGUGAAACGGCCUCGGAAGUUGAAGAUAUUGGUGUACAAGAAGAGGAAAAUUGUGAAUCAAAAGAGAAUUUGGAGGAGCAUAUUCCAACAGCAGCAGACAAGGUUGAAACAUUCUCUAAGGAAGCCGAGGCAGAAAAUGAGGAGCAGAUAAACAAUAGUGAUGUUGCUGCUGAAGAGAAGGUUUUGGAAACCAUCUUAAUAAAUGAAAAAUCCUUCGACAUGGAAGAUACCUAUGUGCGAGCAGAGAAAAAUGUCGAAUCAAAUGAGAACUUGGAGGAGAAUUUUCCAACAACAGCAGAUGAAGGCGAAACAUCCCUGCAGAAAGCUGAAGCAGAAAGCAAGGAUGAGAUUAAAAGUACUGAUAUUGCUCAUGCAGAUACUGAUGGACAAGGAGAUGAAAUUGAUAAUUCUGAAGAGAAUGUGGAUAAGCAGAUCCCAUCAGGGGAAUGUGAAACAAGCUUGAAAGCAGCCGAAGCAGAAUAUAAAGCACAGGGCAAGCAUGCUGAUAUUGUUCCUGAAGAGAAGGGUCUAGCAACCAUCUUAACAGAUGAAACACCCUUAGACGUCGAGGAUAUUGAGGUAAAAACUGAGGACUGUGUCGAAUCAAAAGAGAAUGUGGAGGAGCAGAUUCCAACAACAGCAGAUGAAGGCGAAAAAAUUACUUAUAUUUCUCCUGAAGAUAUUGAAGUACAAGCAGAUGAAAUUUUUAUUACACAAGAGAAUUUGGAGAACCCAAUUCUAACAUCAGGUGAACGAGAAACAGGCUUGGGAGAAGCUGAAGCAGAAAUUAAUGAGCUGGUUAAAAGUAUUGAUAUUGUUCCUGAAGAGAUGGCAACCAUCUCAACAGCUGAGACAACCUCAGACAUUGAAGUUAUCGGUGUACAAGCAGAGGAAAGCCUCAAAUCAAAAGAGAACGUGCAGGAGCAGAUUCCAACACCAGCAGAUGAAGGUGGAAAAUUCUUGAAGGAAGCAGAAGCAGAAAACAAGGAGCAGAUCGAAGAGGAAAAUUUGAACUCACAAGAACAAGUGACUGAAAUUACAAACACAAUAGAAGAUGACACUGAAAGGGAGGAGGUGCUUGAGACUACCAGUACGGAGCAAGAAACUGGAGAACAUGUGGUAUACGAAAUUCAUACUGUCCUGAAACCCCCUCGAGAUUCCAUUGAUAAAGAAGCAAAUGAAGACAACUCCGCAGAAUAUCAGGCAUGUUCUGAGGCAGCUGAUUUGAGUACAAGUGCAGAGGAAAAGAACUUAGAGGAACAUGCCAUUCAGGAACUCUCUUCUCCGCUGGUAGUAGAAGAAGCAACUAAGGAAAUCCUGAAGGAAGAAGAAACCUACAACACGCUUCUAGAAGAAGAGGAAAAGGAAGGGCAUGCAACAUGUAAUGAGCCCAAUGAGGAAUAUGAGGCAGAGAUUGAGAAAAAUAUUCAGGAGAAAGAUGGCAACACAGUUAGCAAUUCUGAAUCUCUGUCCGGAGAACUGAAUCAUGUAACAGCCUUGAAGGAAACUGAAACGGAGAUCGAAAGGCAGGACAAAAACAUUGAUACUGCUCCUGAAGAGAGGGGUCAAGCAACCAUCUCAGCAGAUGAAACAGCCUCGGAAGUUGAAGAUAUUGAUGUACAAUUAAAGGAGAACCUUGAGUUGGAAGAGACCUUGGAGGAACAACUUCCGAUAGCAGCAGAUGAAGGUGAAAUAAUCUCGAAAGAAGCUGAAGCAGAAAACCAGGAGCAGAUAAAAAAUGUUGAUAUUGCUCAUGAAGAUGUUGAUGCACAAGAGGAGAAAGCUGUCAACUCAGAAGAGAACAUAGAUAAGCAGAUUCCGCCAAUAGCACAUGAAGUGACUGAAACUACAAACACACUAGAAGAUGACACUACAAGGGAGGAGGUGCUUGAGACUACCAGCACGGAGCAAGAAACUGGAGAACAUGUGGUACACGAAAUUCAUACUGUCCUGGAACCCCCUCGAGAUUCCAUUGAUAAAGAAACAAAUGAAGAGAACUCCGCGGGAUAUCAGGCCUGUACUGAUGCAGCUGAUUUGAGUACAACUGCAGAGGAAAAGAACCUAGAGGAACAUGACAUUCAGGAACUCUCUUCUCCGCUGGUAGUAGAAGAAGAAACUAAUGAGAUCCCGAAGGAAGAAGAAACCAACGCCGUGCUUCUAGAAGAGGAAAAUGAAGGUCAUGCAACAUGUAACGAGCCGACUGAGAAAUAUGGGGCAGAGAUUGAGAAAAAUAUUCAGGAGAACGAUGGCAACACAGUUAGCAAUUCUGAAUCUCUGUCUGGAGAACUGAGUCAUGUAACAGCCUUGCAUGAAUCUGAAACAGAGAUCGAAAUGAAGGACAAAAACAUUGAUACUGCUGCUGAAGAGAAGGGUCAAGCAACCAUCUUAGCGGAUGAAACGGCCUCGGAAGUUGAAGAUAUUGAUGUACAAUUGAAGGAGAAUCUUGAUUCAGAAGAGAACUUGGAGGAACAAUUUCCUAUAGCAGCAGAUGUAGGUGAAAUAAUCUCGAAAGAAGCCGAAGCUGAAAACAAGGAGCAGAUAAAAAAUGUUGAUAUUGCUCAUGAAGAUGUUGAUGCACAAGCGGAGAAAACUGUCAAUUCAGAAGAGAACAUAGAUAAGCAGAUUCCGCCAGUAGCACAUGAAGGUGAAACAAGCUUGAAAGAAGCCGAAGCAGAAGAUAAGGAACAGGUCACAUAUGCUGAUAUUGCUCCUGAAGAGAAGGGUCUAGCGACCAUCUUAACAGAUGAGACACCCUUGGAAGCAGAAGAUAUUGGUGUAAAAGCAGAGGAAAGUUUCGAAUCAAAAGAGAAGUCCGAGGAGAAAAAUCCAAUUGCAGCUGAUGAAGAUGAAACAUUCUUGAAGGAAGCCGAAGCAGAAAACAAGGAACAGAUAAAGUAUAGUGAUAUUGCUCCUGAAGACAAGGGUCUAGCAACCAUCUUAACAGAUCAAAAGGCUUCGAACAUUGAAGAUAUUGGUUUACAAGCGGAGGAAACUUUCAACUCGAGCAAGAACUUGGAGAGUAAGAUUCCAUCAACAGCAGAUGAACAUGAAACAAGCUUGAAAGAAGCCGAAGCAAUAAAUACGGAGCAGUUCAAAUACACUGAUCUUGUUCCCGAAGAGAAGGGCCUUGCAAACAUCGUAAUGGAUGAAACAUCUUUGGACGUAGAAGAUAUUGAUGUAAAAUCGGAUGAAGUUUCUGAAUCAAAGGAGAAUGUGGAAGAGCAGAUUCCAACCGCAUCACAUGAGCGUGGAACAUUCUUGAAUGAAGCUGAAGCAGAAAGUAAGGAGCAUAAAUACAAUACCGAUAUUUCUCCAGAACAGAAGAGUCUAGCAACCGUCUCAACAGAUGAGGCAACGUUGGACGUGGAAGAUAUUGGCGUACAAGUAGAGAGAAGUUUUGAAUCAAAAGAGGACUUCGAGGAGAAAAUCCCAACGGAGGAUGAAACGUUCUUGAAGGAAGCGAAGCAGAAACCAAGGAGCAUAUAAAAUGCAGUGAUAUU